GGAGAUAUUAUUUAUAGUUGUUAGAGAUACAUAUAUCAAUCCUUCUUCCCUUCCAUAUACAAGUCUGCAGUUACUACUUAGUCUGUUGACAGGAGAAAACAUCUAUAAUAAUAUCAAAUCAUGGCCCCCGCUUUAGUGGAAGACCCCCUCCCUAUCCGCGAAUCCGCAGCUGCAAAAGCCAAUAUCAAAGAAAACUUCAACAAGGAGUUCUUCAUUGGCGGAAAGGAUGCGUUUGAUAACAAGGCCGAACUUGAGGGUACAGAUGCUCAGCCGGCAGCGACAUACCCUAACUACCUACCUGUUUGGGAUAAUGAGAAGGGCGUGAAAUAUCCCCCCUGGACACCAUUUGAACAUUAUGAUCAUGGCAAAGAUGCCGACCCUUCUUUUAAAGAUCUGCUCCCUGCGGAUAAGGCUCAGGUCACGGAGAUCACACCGUACAUUGGCUCCGAGGUUCGCGGAGUACAGUUGAGCCAACUCACAGAUGCAGGCAAGGACCAACUUGCUCUGUUUGUUGCCCAACGUAAAGUCGUCGCAUUCCGCGACCAAGACUUUGCAAAACUCCCGAUUGAAAAGGCGUUGGAAUUCGGUGGGUACUUUGGCCGUCAUCACAUCCAUCCUACUUCCGGUGCCCCCAAGGGCUUCCCCGAAAUCCACCUCGUCCAUCGCGGCGCAGACGACAACUCCUUCUUACAGACAUUCUUGCAUGAGCACACAAAUUCCGUUACGUGGCAUUCGGACGUCUCCUACGAAGCUCAGCCACCCGGUACCACGUUCCUAUACUUGCUAGAUGGUCCUACGAGCGGUGGUGACACAUUAUUCGCCAAUCUGGCAAAGGCCUAUCAGCGUUUGAGCCCUGAGUUCCGGAAGAGACUUCAUGGACUCAAAGCUGUGCAUUCGGGUUUUGAGCAGGCUCAGAGUGCCUUGGCGAGGGAUAGUACGGUGCGAAGAGAUCCCGUGAAGCAUGAGCAUCCGAUUGUGCGUACCCAUCCGGUUACGGGUGAGAAGGCGCUUUAUGUCAAUCCUCAGUUCACCCGUUACAUUGUAGGAUACAAAAAGGAAGAAUCCGACCAUCUCCUCAAAUUCUUGUUUGAUCAUGUCGCCUUAUCGCAGGAUCUACAGACUCGCAUCAAAUGGGCUCCUGGAACAGUUGUCGUUUGGGACAAUCGGGUAACUGCGCAUUCGGCUUUGUAUGACUGGGAGAACGGCCAGAGACGUCAUCUUGCUCGUAUAACUCCCCAGGCUGAACCUCCUCGUGAGACGCCGUUUGAAGGUUAAAUUGGAGAAAAGAUUGAUUUGCAGUAUAUAUACUAGAAUUCAUGUAGCAAAGAAUCAUUGGGCGUUGUAAUUCAUCAGUGACAACAAAUAAUAUAGUAUAGUCAUGUCGUACAAUGGUGGUGAUCUUCAAUCCAAGCAUUUCGACGAAACCUCGUCUGCAUGUAAAGUACUCCUGCAGGGCCGUUGUAUUUGCAUCGGACUGCUCGCCGGUAAAAUAAAAGCCCAACUUUUAUUGUCCUUACUUUCAGUACUCCGACAGCUCUGCUCCUUGCAUGAAGACGUGCUUGAGUCUUCCGGAUCUCCUUCCAUAGCACGACCCAGACCAUCUUCGUCCACGUUCAGAUGCGAGUAGAAAGACCAAUCCGAUGACACAGAGUCGCUAUCCUCAUAAUCCAUGUCAUUCGUGAAGUCAUCUAGGUAUCCCAUUGCAGAGUCAUUGCGACACCUGACAAGAGGCGGAAACUCUUCUAACGCUGCACUUGGUACUCGUGUCGGAAUAUCGUCUGCGUUUCCCCACGUACAUUCCAAAUGAUUGUCUGAUGGAGAUAAAGAAUUGGAAAUGAGGAGCUCGGGAACUUCAGAUGUUGUUUUUUUCAUCUGGUCCAAGUUGAAUAUUGGCUUCAUAUCAUCUGCUGAGAUAUCGUGAAUGUCUUCAAUGUGUUGUGCGCUUGGUACAUCGAGAGCAUUGAGGGAUCUUACAAGUGACAUGAACUGUUGCUUGCUCGCCCAUUUUCGAUAACUGCCCUCGUAAGUUGAUGAAUAUUGUUCGACUGUGCAUUCUGGAUCGCAUUCUUGGGUUUCGCGGGCCAGAUCCGGACGCUCUUGAAUUAGGGGGUGGAUGCACUUUGAAGCCAUGAUAUAGAUUUCUGAGGUGAUAGAGUUCCUCUGAAGUCCGCAAGACAAUAUGACAGGAAAUCCCGAAAUAAAUAUUCUCAGCACAUAAGACAUGCGCCCCUCAAGCAAGAAAGAUAAGGAUACAAGCUUCGACAAGCAACAAAUGCGCAAGACGAAGUUCGCAGCAUAGUGGCGGGUAGAUGCAGUGUGUAAAGGCUAGCUGCAUUACCUGCGAAGGAAAAAGUGGUAUAAGGUAGUACGCCACGUCCAUUGUGUACUCCCUUGUAACACUGUAACACCUGAACGGCCAUACGGCUCGGCCAUUGAUCAAGCGUACUUCUUCUUAAGCUGUUAUCAGAGAUCAUGAUCGUCACGUACGUUUCUAGAGCCGAUCCAUCAGUGCAACAUUCCACUCACGAAAUAUCCUUGCAGAUACGGGUAUCAGCAGGUUAGUGCGUUGCAGUGACAGAACCAAUUCGUUAUAUAUAUUUUCGGGCAGGAAUAAUUCUUCCAGAGAGAGGGACGUUGGUGCUCCAUUUUCAGGUUCUAGUAUACCUUCGACGUCUGUCACGUUCUGAUAUAGGACUUUCAUGGCUCGCCUUGAUAUAAUGCUAUGAUCUGCGCUAGAGCUUGAGUAUCGAAGAUCUGGGUUAAA